AUUCUCGUCCAUUGUUAUAAGCAAGUGAUUUUUUAUAAAAUGUAGCAUAAUGGCUGUGAACCUCUAUAUAAAUAUGCUUUUUAUUGGUUACAAUCGUUAAAAUCUAAAGAAAACUAAAUAGACCAUUGUCAAUUUAGAUAUAUAACCUCUCUGAAAAGUUUAAUAUGCGAGCAAUUAAGAUAUUCUUCGCAUAUAAUAAAUAGAAACGCAGUUACAUAAUCGAUGAAUUGCUGAUCAAGUAUAGUUGGACAUGCAGGGUCAAUUCGUUGACCCAAGAGGCGAAGAAAUGCAGAUAAGUGGAAAUCAUCCCAUAUUGAAAUCUUUCCUCGCUGGAUCUUUCUCUGGAACAUUUUCAACUAUUUUAUUUCAACCGUUGGAUCUUAUAAAAACAAGACUUCAAGACAGAGUCAGUAACAAUGCGGGGCGUGGAAAAUCUGGAAUGGUCAAAACCAUGGUUCAGAUAGUUCAAAAUGAAAACAUAUUCGGAUUAUGGAAGGGAAUGACCCCUUCCAUAACCAGAGUAAUUCCAGGCGUUGGUCUUUACUUUUCAUCCCUGCACUGGAUAAGACACGUCCUCGAACUCGAAGAUCCACUCACACCUUUCCAGGCAGUCAGUUUGGGAAUCACAGCUCGUUCAAUGUCCGGAGCUUUAUUAAUUCCAAUAACGGUUGUCAAAACCCGAUUCGAGAGCGGCGUGUACAAAUAUAACAGCAUCGGUGAGGCGCUGAGAAUAAUUUACAAAUACGAAGGCGUGAAAGGUCUUUCAAGUGGCCUCGUACCAACUUUACUUCGCGAUGCGCCCUACAGUGGCCUCUACCUCAUGUUCUAUACCCAACUCAAAAACACAGUAUCCACAGAACUUCCACACUACAGUCAUGUGACUUCCACUCAUUUUUGUUGUGGAAUCGUAGCUGGCAUUUGUGCAUCAGUCAUCACACAUCCUGCAGACGUUGUCAAAACAAAAAUGCAAUUGUAUCCGAGCAAAUUCCAUAACGUCCAUGGUGCCUUUGUUUUUGUAUAUCGAAAAUACGGAGUCUUAGGCUACUUCAAAGGAAUCGUCCCGCGAAUGCUAAGGAGAACUCUAAUGACCGCCAUGGCCUGGACUGUGUACGAACGAAUCACUGCCAACAUCGGUUUCAAAUAAACCUGAUUGUACAAUAAUUGUAUAAUAAUUGUACAUAUUUACCUUAUACAGUAUUAAAAAACGAGUAUCCAAUGUUUAUAAGAUCGUUUUC